AUGAAGCUGCCCACCGGAUGCCAUCUGUGUAUAGUGCUUGCAAUCGGCGUCCUGGGAAUCGCGGCGUUGGUCAUCUUUCUGACGGUCUUCGCCGAGGAACGCUGGAACAAUGCUAGAGAUACUCAUCUUGGGCCUUUCUGCUCUGAUAAAAACGGGCAUUUCCAGUGCAAGCCCAGGACGCUGCUUUGCGGCUGCGCCUCGAGAUCCUGCAUGAAUGGAGAUGACAUCGACUGGGACGCCCUGCGUAAUCUCAACUUUACCGAUGGCGUGGUUCGCAUGGCCACCUUCAGGCAGGAGAUGAAGAUCCCGGGUGUUUGUGCCUGCCCCUGGAAAGGUGGCCCGCGUGUGGACAGUUCUUGGUUGAUUCGGUUCUUGGGUGGAACUGUUGAGACCAAGACGAACGACGAUGGAACUGCUUGCACUCCAUGCACCCAAGCUCCAACGCACGCAUGGAACGAGAUCGAACUGCCACACAGCAAUUGCUAUCUGAUGCUCGGGGGACAAACGUCAGCAUUUCGGGAUCGAGGGAUACAUGCCUUUCGACUCGUAUUGCACGAUACCACGUGGCGCUUCUGGGAACGCGAGCCCGGAAAGCUGGCAUACGACGGUCUGCUGCUGCACAGGCAGCGGCCGCUGUCCCGAAAACACGCGGAGCUGUUGAUGCACCUCAUCUCUCACGGCGCCAGGCGAGACACGGCCCUGGACUUUCAGUUCGAACGCAGCUUGGAUCAAGGCCACGACUUAAGUCCAAUCUUUUUGGAGUUCUUGCCCGCGACUUUCCUGUUCAAGGAUGAUGCGCUCCCGAGCAUGGUUGCUGCGUACUUCGGCCUGUUUGGCCUGUACAGGCUGCUGCCCUUCAUCCCGCAGGCGGCAGUGAAUUGUGUGGUGGUCGCGCUGCUCUUCGGCCGCGAUCCCCAGGAGCUGCUCAGGCUGGUUCCCAAAGAGUCGCAUGACCACAUCAGGGCGCACGCCCGGAGUCUAAACGAGUUCUGGCACCGUGAGCUGGCUCCCAUCUUCCAGGAAGCCGGUGGCAUCUUUAAGCAGUCCGUGGAGUUGGACUUGCCAGAAACAGAGAAGCGGAGGUGGUGUCCCAUCCGGUGGCAACCGAGGCCAGCGACGAAGGUUCAGAACUUGGGCUUCCAGGAACAAGUCCAGCGGUUUCGCCCUGCUUACUUCAGCAAGGUGCUGUCGCCCCUGAAGAGGGCGCUGCUGCAGUAUGAUGCCGAGCUGGCUGCAGCCUGGAGCAGGAAGUUUGCCCUUGCAGACGAGCUCCUGGAGUAUAGGCUGGAUGCGGUUGAAGCGCUCAAGGCGCAGACAUCCGAGGGAUGUGAAGCUGAAUCUGUUGUAGACCAGCUCUUGUUCUGCCCCGAUUGGCGGAAAACACGCCACUGGAAGAAGCACAGAAAGACGGUGACUCCUGCAACUGUAGUAAUGCAGACGGACAGCGCGGUCCGGAGCCUGCUUUACUGGAACGCUGCAGGGAGUCCGGUCAUCCUGCAGAAGCGGACCCGGGAUGGAGAGCAGCGGCUCCGCUACGUCCUGAAGAACGACGUUUUAGACGCGAAUGGUGAGGAGCAGGGCGAUGAGGAGGCCGAGGUCUCUGAUGCCAGCAAGGCUCGCGCCCUCUUCGUCGUUCUGCGCCAGCUGGUGUCCAACACCCCCUGGGACGUGGAGAGGUCGGCCCAGAAAGCCGAGGCGGGCGAGGGCGAGUGGAAGCAGCGGACUCCGGACCUGGAGACCCCGGAGUACGAGGUGCUGUUCCGCGAUGCCCUGAAUGGCUACGAGGUCCGUGAGUAUGCGCCCUAUGCGGUGGUGAGGACCGAGGGCCAAGGUGGCGAGGUUGCCAACAACCGCUCUUUCUUCAUGCUGGCGGACUACAUCUUCGGCAAGAAGAAUGAGAGGAAUGAGAAGAUGGCGAUGACUACCCCUGUUCAAAUGGACAAGAGCACGGGUACCAUGUCGUUCAUCAUGCCUAGCAAGUACUGGGGCGACAGCCUCUCGGAGGCACCGCCCCCUGCGCCGGAUGCUGGCGUGACCCUCCAGGCAAGGCCAGGGGAGCGCGUGGCCGUGAGCAUCUUCGGCGGCUAUGCCGUGGGUUCCGUGGUGGCCCGGAAGACGGAUGAGCUCUUGGCCUCCGUGGCAGAAAGCGAGGAUUGGGAGCUGGUGGAGAACUCGACGCAGUUGCUGCAGUACAACGAUCCCUUCACUGUUCCCUGGAAGCGACGCAACGAAGUGAGUGUGCCCGUCCGGGCCCGGGCGUGA